GGCGGGGCGGCGGCGGCGGCGGGGCUGGGGCUCCUCCCUCCCGGCAGCCGCAUUCGCCGCCGCAGCGCGACGAGGGGGCUGCAUGGUCUGAGGGGAGCUGGGGGGCUCUGGGAGGAGCCUCGGCACGACCAGCGAGGCAGCAUCAUGCUGGCUCCGAAGAAAGGCCUGCUGUGCAACCUCAACCACAUCCAUCUGCAGCACAUCUCCCUGGGGCUGCACCUCUCCCGGCACCCGGAGCUGCAGGAGACCUCGGGCUCCAUGGGUGGAGAAGACCAGACUGGCUGCAGCGACUGCCCGCAGAACUGCGAGCAGGUGGAUGCCAAUUCCAACAAUCCCUCCUUGAAAUGCCGGUGCUGCGCAUCCCAUACCCAGCAGCCGGUGACGUUGGGUCUCCAGAACCAGGUGGCUCAAGAGGAUUUCCCCUGCCUGCAUGCUGGGGAGGAGGUGGCUUCCCCUUGUGAUCUGGCCUCCUCCUCCUCCUCCUCCUCUGUCAGUAGCUGCUCGGAUUUCAGCUUGGAUGACUCCCCGGUCUCUGUGUACUGCAAGGAGUUCCCCAGAGAAGAGUCCCAGUCCCCCCAAAAUCAGCCCGUCGUCGUUCCCACAGAAGACACCCGGGAUGGCGGGUCGCUGGCUGACCAGGGUGGUACAUGUGAUGGAAGAGAUGCCAACCUCAACCCCCUGGCACUCCAGAGACCUGGCACCCUGGCCAGAGAGAGCCCGGACAGCCUCUGCAGUGGCAGCUCCCUCGACUUCCAGUGCGAUGAGACCUCUCCCAGCGUGGCAGUGCAGGAGACCACCAGCACCUGCGCUGACCUAGACCCUAACUGCAACCCCCUCCCUGCCCCUGGCGCUGCGCCUGCGGCACCACCUGCGCCAGGGCGGUGGGAUCCCGCUGGGAGCAGGGCUCCUGAGCCACGGCCCCGGGCUGGCAGCCUCCCCCCACCCGUGCCCCCCCGGCCCCGCAGGCGGCUGCAGGUUCUCAGCGGGCACCGAGCAGAGCAGCCGCCCCUGCCCGCACGGCUGCCGGAGCCCGGCGCCGGUGACCUCUGCAGGGAUGCUGGCAAGAAGACCAUCACCUCCUUCCAUGAGCUCGCCCAGAAGAGGAAGAGGAACGCCGCCGGGCCUGCUCUUGCCCAGGCCAGGGCUGACCGGAGCGACUGGCUGAUCGUAUUCUCGCCCGACACGGAGCUGCCCCCCGCCAGCGAGCUGCUCUCGGGGGCCACGGGCCAGGAGCCAGCCCAGCCCCAGCACGACUGGCCGGCGCGACCCCCCAGCUCGCAGCAGAGGGAGGUGACGACGUUCAAGGAGCUGCGGUACCGCAGUGCCGCCAAGGCCAAGGGCCACCCCGGGGGCGAGCGGGCAGAGCCGGCGGCGCCUCAGCACCCCUCUGCGCCCCUCGAGAUGGCCGCGGGCGGUGGCGGCUCGGGCUGGCUGCCCCCCGCGCCCCUGGGGGGACAGGUGCUGGCACCUACGGACAGCCACCAGCUGAAGAGGAGGAGGUCCCCGCCUGCGCUGCAGCCCAUUGCGGAGGGACAGCCGGGGGACACGGAGGACGGGGGGCUGCCGCCACGGAGCUGCCUUCCAGGAGGGACUGGGCUGGGCUCUGCCCGCGACGCGGGGACCCCAGUUUGGAGGCUCGGGGACCCCGGUGGAGACCCCUGGGUGCCAGGGACGGUGCUGAGAGGAGACGAGCCCUGCAAGGAGGCCAGGCCCUCGCCGCCCGCCGCGGGAGCCGCCCUGGGCCCGGCCCGGCCCGGCGGGGGGAGCACGGAGGGAGCCCGCCGGCCCCGGGCAGAGCAGAAGAAAGCACUGCUGGUCGCCGUCAGCGUCGCCGUGGAUAAGAUCAUCGCCCACUUCAGCACUGCACGGAACCUGGUGCAGAAGGCGCAGCUGGGCGACAGCCGGCUCAGCCCAGAUGUGGGUUAUCUGCUGCUGCACACCCUCUGCCCUGCGCUCUAUGCCUUGGUGGAGGACGGGCUGAAGCCGUUCCAGAAGGAUGUUAUCACAGGCCAGAGGAAGAAUUCCCCCUGGAGCGUGGUGGAAGCCUCUGUGAAGAUGGGCCCCAACAGCCGCUCUCUCCACUCCCUGUGCUGGCACGUGGCCGGGCUGGCCCCCCUUGGCAGCACCAGGCAGAAGUUUCAUGCCUUCGUCCUCGGCCUUUUGAACACUAAGCAGCUGGAGCUGUGGAUCUCUCACCUGCAGAGGAGCCCAGGUGUGAUCUCUGUGCUGUACUCACCCAUGGCCUUCUUCGCCCUGAGCCAAGGCCCCUUUCCCCACCUCGCUGAUGAACUGCUGCUGCUCAUCCAGCCCCUCUCGGUGCUGACUUUCCACCUUGACCUGCUCUUUGAACACCACCACCUCUCCGUGGAUGUAAGACCCUUGUCCCGUCAGCUGGAGUCCCCUCUGUCUCCUGCCCGUCGCUCUGCUCGGGCUCGAGGGGCUGUGCAGCCUGCCCUGGAGGGGCAAAGCAGCGCUGCAGGGGCGAGCCUGGGCAAUGAGACCCCCCCCGAUACUCUGGGGAGGGCAGAAGGUGGCACAAGGUCCCAGUUGCCAGCAGCCGUGCGUGGGCUGCUCCCGGCCCCUCAGGUGGGGGCUGCCUUGCAGCAGACCUUCCAGCACGUGCUGCGCUGGGGCGACCAGCUCAGUCGCACUUUCCUGGGAGCAGACAGCUCCCCGGAGACCCACAGGCCCGCGGUGGGCCCUGGGGGGGCUGGGGCUGGCCUCGGUGGCUGGUGGGGCCAGCUGAGCCAGGCCUCCAGGGUUUACGCCGCUCCUAGCAAGGAAAAGUUCCCCUUUGUCUGGUGGACAAAGCUGCGGACGGCUGCGGGGGAUUCCAGCCCCGGCCAGGCUGUGCGACCCCAAACGUCCGUGAGUGAGCCUCGAGGCACGGAGCUGCAGCUCCUUCAGACCAAAGCUGUCCCUCAACUCUCCGGUCCCAAGCCCACCAGCAGCGCUGACACCUCCGGCACCUCUUCCCCUGAAGACCUCGUCCUGCCUGCUGGAGCUGCAGCACCCACCAAGCCAGAUGAUCCUGUUGCCGGAGAGAAACCCCUGGCUGUUGCCCCAGAGCCUGGUGCGAAUCGGAGCCGGGCGGCACCUUCUGACCUGGAGGCGGCAGGUGGUCCCCCCGGCCCCAGCAAGGGCGGCUGGCUGGGCCGGCUCUUUGGAGCCAGCAGCCCCUCUGCCAGGAGCUUCCCUGCUGGUCCUGUCACCGUCUCCACCAGAUCCAGGAGACCUUCUAGCUGGCUGUCCCCCAGCGCGCGUGUGCUGGCCGUGGCGGUGAAGGGGCUGGCCUCCGAGAAGACCCACGCUCAGGAGCAGCCAGCGAGGAUCGUGCCCGACUCGGCCCAGCCCCGCAGGGCAGUGCGGGCACUCUGCGACCACACGGGCACCGCCGAUGGUCACCUCAGCUUCCAGAAAGGGGACAUCCUGCAGCUGCUCUCUACCGUGGAUGAAGACUGGAUCUGCUGCUGCCAUGGAAACAGCACUGGCCUAGUUCCUGUCGGUUACACAUCCCUGAUUUUGUGAGGAGGCGGAGGAGACCUGAGGAAGCGGCUGUGCUUGCUGAAACAGGUGCCACCUCCGGGAAGGACCAUCUCCUGCUGCCUCUUCACCGCCUUUGGGGCUUCACCACAUUUGGGGCUUCACCGCCUUUGGGGCUUCACCACCCUGGGGCUGGCAGUUCUGCAGGGGACGCUGCCCUGGUGCCCGUCGCUGCUGUUGUUUGCAUGACGUUACCGUCUGCCGCGGGUGCGUCCCCCGAGCCACCGCCGUGCCCGUCCCCGCAGACCUGCUGGCACUUCACCGCGGCUCCCGCUCGGGAGCUGCUCUCGCUCGUGUUUCCUCAGCUGCUGCCCACGCCUGUGCCGGGAGGGAAGGGUCCUGUCCCUGCGUGGUACCACAGCCCUGUAUGUCGUCUCCUUGCCGUUGUGUCUUGCCACCGCCGCCACCUCCACGUGCCCUGCUCUGCCCCGUGGCCAGGGCUGGUGGCCCGGGCCGGCCCCAGCACUCUGUAAAUACUUGCAACCACAGGAAUGAGCUUAUUCCAGAGGAAAAAAGCUGGGAAUAAAGGUUGUGACU